AAUCCCCCUCCGGCUGAACGCACGCCGACAUGAACGCCGACACAAACACGCUCCGGUAACGGCCGCUCCGAGGACCUCCCGCUCCGCCGAAACAACCGGGAACAUCCCGCCGAGGACGAAAUAAGAGGAGCAGCUUUUUUCUUUCUUUCUCUUCUUUUUUUUCGUUUGUUUUUUUGUUUUCCUGCCAGAGUUCACGAGCUGGGCUCGACCGAGGCGGGGGGACGGUUUAGGGCUGAGCGCUAAUGGCAGAGCAGGACGAGCAGCGGAUCACCGAGCCGGACGCGCCGGCGGCGGGCCGGUCUCGGACGGGCAGUGCGGUGGCUCUCGCCCGGCUCCUGCACCACGAAUGCACCCGUCUGCUCCAGCUAUACAAAGAGAGGGAGACCUUCCUGGCGGACCACACCCCGGACGGAGGGCGCAUGGUGUCCCUGUCCUCGGACCAGGAGGAGCCCAGUGCGGAGGAGCGGGUGCAGCUGCUGCACCUGGCGCUGCGGCAGUGCCUGGGACUGCUCCACUGUCUCAUCCUGAAGGAGGAGGAGGAGUGGGGCGAGUUGGAAGGCGACUACGGGGACAUGAGGAAGACUGUCCGAGCCCGGCUGGAGUACUUGCUCCGCACCACCAAAGCCUUGGUGGAGACCGACGACGUGACCCUGGAAGUUACUCCUGAUCACCAGUGUGUCGAGGAGACCGACGGCGCCGGGGGAGCGUUCGGUCUCAAACUGUGGACCUUCCGAGUGCUACUGGAGCUGAUCCACUGGGCCGACCACGCGGCGCAGACGCUCCACGUCCUGCACAAAGAGAGAGAAGGAACAGAGGAGAUCUGAGUCCCUUCCAAUUCAUUCCAGCAGCCCCGACAAGUGAACUUGACACUAACAGCCAGCGUUCCCCUUCUUACAGAUUCCAGAUUGAAAAUAAAAAGUGAACUCUGUGAACACGCCGGGUUUGAAAACGUGCGGCUUAGCUAAAAAUCGCUACUAAGCUCCUUUUAACAAAGCAAAGCAGGCAUCGGUAUUUCCACAGCAAAGUGCUCCCGUUUGCCGCAGUUGCAAUUUCCAUGAUAAAAGAAUAAUGACCAGACGUUUGGCCUGUGCAGUUUGGUUUGCUUUGUGAAGUGAAGUGACAGCGAUUAGACUGUUAGAAAAUGUUUUGUUUUUUUUUAAUGCACUGUGUAAUUUAUUUUAUUUAAGUGACGAUUACCUGCUGUUAACACUCCAAUCAAAAUCUACUAACUGCUAGAAUAUAGCCAAAAACCCAAGACUGAUAAACUGUGACUGAUGUGCAGCUGAAUGUGUUCAUAUACUAUUUUAAUAGGUCUCCUAGCUUUUGAUGUACAUUAUAUCAAACAUAUUUCAGUAUUUCUCUGUCCGAUCGCAUUAUGUGUCGACUGAAUGCCUGUCCCGUUCCUGGGUUAGCACGGUGUGUGUGUGUGUGACGACCCAGUGUUCAUGUUUUGCUGCUCCGGUCACGUAGUUCUCUCCUGAUGUUAUACUUGAAUGUGUCGUGAACUAUUAGCUCGGUGGUUAGCGCGCCGUUUCCGUUGAGAGAGCCACAGAAUUAAACUGAUAUCGGAUCAGUAGGUUACAUGUACUGUCUGCAGCCAGCAGCAUCGAACGCUCUGCGCCACAAGAACUUCACUGUAGUGUUGAAUGCCUGAGACACCAUAUUUAUAUAAAUAUAUAUAUAUCUAUACUCACCGAGUGGUAGAGCUGUGACUUCCACAUAAAGCAAGCACUAAAUGUCAUGCUUUAUUUUAUCUCUGUGAUGAAUAACUUGAUGUGCAUUGAAGAAUAAAUUAUAUUGUA